AUGAUACUUUCAGCUCUUUUAACUUCAGUUGGAAUCAAUCUUGGAUUGUGUUUGCUGUUUUUCACUUUGUAUUCAAUAUUGAGGAAGCAACCUGGCAAUGUGUACGUGUAUGCACCUCGCUUGGUUGAUAAAGAGAAAUCUGAGGAACAGGACAGUGAUGAUUUUGAUUUGGAAAGGUUAUUACCUACUGCUGGUUGGGUUAGAAAUGCUUGGCAGCUUUCUGAAGAUGAAAUCUUGUCGAUUUCAGGGUUAGAUGGUCUUGUCUUCAUUCGUAUCUUUACCUUCAGCUUGAAAGUGUUCACAGUUGCUGGGGUUAUCGGAAUCCUUAUCCUUCUUCCAGUUAAUUAUUUCGGGAAUCAACUAAAUGAUGAUUUUGACAAUUUGCCAAACAAGUCUUUGGAUUCGUUCAGUAUAUCAAAUGUCAAUGAUGGUUCAAACAGAGAAAGAAUGCUACUGAGUGAGGAGAAUGAGGGCAUUGUAAAUGGAGGAUUAGAUAUCCUCAAAUGGAAAGAGGAGAAUAUCAUAGCUAACCCAAAUCAGUUUACAAUAUUAGUCCGCAGUAUCCCUUCCUCAUCUGGAAGAAGCUUCAGUGAAACCGUUGAGAGUUUUUUCACUGAGUAUCAUCCGUCUACUUAUCUUUCACAUUCAGUGGUUUGUCGAACAAGAAAAAUUCGAGAUCUCAUUGUAAGCAUUCUGGGUGAAGUGCAGACUACUUCACUAAUUUCGGUCCACUGUGAUCACAUACACUUCAGAACCAUAAGUGAUGUGGAGAAGUUGUGUAGAAAGCUUGGGCGCUUGAAAUUGAAUACUCAUAGUGAGCAAAAUUUUAAACGUGAUGGCUUUUUAGGACUGUUUGGACGUAAAGUUAAUCUUUUAGAUCACUAUGAAAAGAAGUUGGAAGAUAUGGAAGAGAAUUUGAGGAUGGAGCGAAAUUUAUUGGCUGGAGAGGAAGUUCCAGCCGCUUUUGUUUCAUUCAAGUCACGAUUUGGUGCUGCAGUAGCCUUGCACAUCCAACAGGGGGUCAAUCCCACAGAGUGGGUCACUGAGCGAGCUCCUGAUCCUCAGGAUGUUCAUUGGCCUUUCUUUUCUGCAUCGUUCAUUAAAAGAUGGAUCUUCAAACUGGUUGUGUUUGCUGCAUCUCUUGCUCUUAUUGUACUUUUCCUUAUUCCGGUUGUGAUAGUGCAAGGUCUUGCUAAUCUCGAUCAGUUGGAGAUAUGGUUUCCUUUUCUGAAAGGCAUACUGAGCCUGUAA